AGUCCACAGUCUUUAUUCUAAAAGACAAAGCCAUGGCGUCCCACAACUACAGUAGACUAUGUUGUGUUAAAUAACACAUAGGUCAACACCUGUAGGUCUACUUUCAAUGAUUGAUUCAUUAUUGGGGACUGUUCUACCCUCCCCUUUUACUGAUUUAAUAUUAAAUCCUGUGUAACAAAUUAAAGAGUUACUUUUAUGGAUAGCUAACCCAUAUGAGAAAAUAUGGCAAUGAGAUUUUGAUGGGCAAGAAUGAAUCAAAUAAAAAAAUAUUAGAGAAAGGCUUCAUUGUUCUUGAACGUGCUUCAGUAAGCUCCAAGGCAUACUUUUGAGUGCAUGAACCAGAUAAUUCAGAGCCUUUUGUUCUAAGUUGAGAAAUGGAUAAUCAUUUUAAUGCUGACCUAAUAGAUUACAAUUGUGCAAUACUCUAAUUUUAUAUAGACCUACAGGUGGCAAUUCCACGAUAACAGAAUGACUCCUAUUUUUCUCUUUUGAAAGUAUGCCAAACAAAAUACUUGUAUUGCAAAGUUAAAGAAACCAAAUAACUCUAUGCACAGGGACUAAUUUUAACAAUUUCCACUGAACAUUUUACAAAAACACAUUUACUUGAAAAACAGUGCAGAUGUAAAGUUUGGUAACAGAAGGGAUAAAAUCCCCCUCGGUUUUAUUAUUUUACACAGUGGCUGUUAUUCAAAUGAGGUCCGAUUUAGUAAAAUUCUCAAGUGUUUUAAUCACUUAAUAAAUCCUAAACCAAAUUUGUAUCAGUAAAAACACUAUAACUAUUUGGUGGGUCUACCGUUACUUGUUAGUUCUGUGAACUUUUAUUAUCCUCCCUCAUGUGGUAGAAAUAUUUGAAAAUUCUGUGUCUUAAAGAUAUGUGAGUUUUUGUUAACAGAAUGACAAUACACAAGGCAAUAUUUCUUAAACUUACAGAAGGCAAAUUAUUUCUACAAAACUAAAUACUCUUAGCUUUCAUUUGACACCAAAUUUGAUGUGCUCCCAUAAACUUCGUGUUAGUGCUCAUUGGGCCUUUUGCAUGGAAAUUCCCUGUGUUUGAUACCUUUUUCAUAAGGGAAACUCAAGUCUGAAAUUUCUGUGUUUGGUUGUUCAUAUUUACUGCUACUGCUACAAACUUCAGAAGUCUUUUUAAACCUCAAAUAAACUACAAGUCUUACAUUUCCUGCAUUUCACGAAAGUUCUCCUGCAACAGCGUGAUCGAAUUAUGAUCCUACAUCUGUACCAGUGAGCUCAGGAUAAACUCCUCUUGACAAAGAAUUAGUGUAUAGCUUUUGAGUGAUUUUCUUCUCAAUUUAGGCAUGAAUUUGGAUUUAUGAACAAAUACUUAUUUAACUAAGGGGAAAAGUUAUGUCAUGGCUGAGAGAGUUUGGUGUUACAGUGCAUAUUCAGGACAUCAUGUAUACCUGAAAUAAUUAUUCAACUUCCAGGAAGCUUUUUUUGUUGACUGUUUGGUGACAGUACUGGUUGAGUCAGUCAGUUAGUCCAUGCAUUCUCUGUUACAAGAGCCUUUCUCUGUAAGGAGACGUUAUACAAGUUUAUUGUGUCAUUAUGAUUCUUUGUCAAACUGUUUUUAUUAGAAAGCCUGCUUAUCAAGGAUAAUGUGUCCAGUGGGUUUUUAGACGUCUCCAGUUACUGUUAGGAGAAUUAUGUUCUCAAGGUUCAUAAGCUGAACUUCAAUUGGAAUUCUCGGUCUGUGACCCAGAGGUUGUAAGGUUCUGGUUGAAAUGAAACAGAUAGAGACCAGUCCACAAUAGUCAGUCACCAAAACAUUUUUUUUUCUUGUCAAAACCAGUAUGUAGUGGAUCUAGGCAUUUAUUUUAUGCCUGCUACAUUAGGUUAGUUACCACCCAAAAUUAUUCAGUAGCUGAGCGGGUUAAAAUGUAUACACGUGUACAUAAAGCGAAAUGACCCUAAAAGCAGUUGUUUAAAAAAAAAUCUCAUAUCAAAUAAUUUCUGUGUAACAUUUCUGGAUAACAAUUUAUGGGUACCUUACUAUGAUUGUUUUCAGUUAAAAUGGUCAAAAAGAGACAAAAAAGGCUUCUUAGCAAAGAUAUAUUUCUCAAGCAAGAAUAUUGUUCGGACUGUCUGGGAGUGGUCUGAGUGGGGAGGGGAAAACUGAAAACUAGCUGUUCUUGGCAGAACGUUUUGGAACUCUCUUUCUUAUUGGUCUAUUAACUAAUUUACUGCCUGGUGACAGGUUGAAAUUUCAGGCGGUCUUUGCAAACAGCUCUUACACUAAAAGGGUGUUAUCAUAUUUUUUAAAACAAUUUAACAGUAUUAUUCCAACCUCAUAGUGUGGUAAAAUACUGUAUUAAAAAAACAGAAACAUCUAGUUCUUGAAUGUACUGGGCAUUUAAAACAAUGGGACGUGCGUGAGAAAUGACCUCAGUGUUUGGUUGCACACAUGUCUUUACUACAGAAUUGCUCCAUGGAGUGUCUCUGAUGUGAUAUUUGGGUGCGGGUUUGGGAGUUGUCUUUGGGAAUCUAUUUGGACAUGAGAAAGUGCUUGUCCGGGCUAGCCCCUUGCACCUCAGGCUGCAUCAAUGUGUCUGUCUCAAAUAGAAUCAAAUCCAAUUUGAUUGGUCACAUACACAUGGUUAGCAGAUGUUAUUGCGUGUGUAUUAUGUUGAUGCUUGUGCUUCUAGAUCUGACAGUGCAGCAAUAUCUAACAAGUAAUACCUAACAAUUCCACAACAAAUACUUAAUACACACAAAUCUAAGUAAAGGAAUGGUAUAAGAAUAUAUAAAUAUAUGGAUGAGCAAUGACAGAGCGGCAUAGGCUAAGAUGCAAUGGAUAGUAUAAAAUACAGUAUAUAUACUGUACAUAUGAGAUGAGUAAUGCAAAAUAUGUAAACAUUAUUAAAGUGGCAUUAUUAAUUAUAGUGACUAGUGUUCCAUUUAUUAAAGUGGCCAAUGAUUUCAAGUCUGUAUGUAGGCAGCAGCCUCUUUGUGCUUAUGAUGUCUGUUUAACAGUCUGAUGGCCUUGAGAUAGAAUCUGAUAGAAGCUGUCUCUCGGUCCCGGCUUUGAUGCAUCUGUACUGACCUCGCCUUCUGGAUGGUUGCGGGUGAACAGGCAGUGGCUCCGGUGUUUGUUGUCCUUGAUGAUCUUUUUGGCCUUUCUGUGACAUCAGGUGCUGUAGGUGUCCUGGAAGGCAAGUAGUUUGCCCCCGUGGAUGCAUUGUGCAGACCGCACAACCCUCUGGAGAGCCCUGCGGUUGUGGGCGGUGCUGUUGCCGUACCAGGCGGUGAUUCAGCCUGACAGGAUGCUCUCAAUUGUGCAUCAACCAUCUCCUUUGUUUUGUUGAUGUUGAGUGAGAGAUUAUUUUCCUGACACCACACUCCCAGAGCCCUCACCUCCUUCCUGUAGGCUGUCUCGUCGUUGUUGGUAAUCAAGCCUACUACUACUGUAUCGUCUGCAAACUUGAUGAUUGAGUUGGAGGCGUGCAUAGCCACGCAGUCGUGGGUGAACAGGGAGUACAGGAGGGGGCUGAGCAUGCACCAUUGUGGGGCCCCAGUGCUGAGGAUCAGCGAAGUGGAGAUGCUGUUUCCUACCUUCGCCACCUGGGGGGGGCCCGUCAGCAAGUCCAGGACCAAGUUGCACAGGGCGGGGUUGCGACCCAGGGCCUCAAGCUUAAUGAUGAGCUUGGAGGGUACUAUGGUGUUGAAUGCUGAGCUUUAGUCAGUGAACAGCAUUCUUACAUAGGUAUUCCUCUUGUCCAGAUGGGAUAGGGCAGUGUGCAGUGGGAUGGCGAUUGCAAUGUCUGUGGACCUAGGGGGGUGGUAAGCAAAUUGAAGUGGGUCAAUGGUGACAGGUAAGGUGGAGGUGAUAUGAUCCUUGACUAGUCGCUCAAAGCACUUCAUGAUGACAGAAGUGAGUGCUACGGGCAGAUAGUAAUUUAGUUCAGCUACCUUUACAUUCUUGGGUACAGGAACAAUGCUGGCCAUCUUGAAGCAAGUGGGGACAGCAGACUGGGAUAGAGAGAGAUUGAAUAUGUCCGUAAACACACCAGCCAGCUGGUCUGUGCAUGCUCUGAGGACGCUGCUAGGGAUGCCGUCUGGGCCGGCAGCCCUGCGAGGGUUAACACGUUUAAAUGCCUUACUUACGUCGGUCACGGAGAAGGAGAGCCCACAGUCCUUGGUAGUGGGCCGCGUCAGUGGUACUGUAUUAUCCUCAAAGCAGGCAAAGAAAGUUUUUAGUUUGUCUGGAAGUAAGACGCCGGAGUCCGUGACAUAGCUGGUUUUCCUGUUUUAGUCCGUGAGUGUCUGUAGACCCUGCCACAUACGUCUCAUGUCUGAGCCAUUGAAUUGUGACUCCACUUUGUUCUAUACUGACAUUUUGCUUGUUUGAUUGCCUUGCGGAGGGAAUAACUACACUGUUUGUAUUCAGCCAUAUUCCCAGUCACCUUUCCAUGAUAAAAUGUGGUGAUUCGCAUUGUCUGUCUGUCUGUCUGUGAACAUACUCAGUGUACAGUGGCUUUGCAAAGUAUUCAGACCCCUUGACUUUUUCCACAUUUUGUUACAUUUACAGCCUUAUUCUGAAAUGGAUUAAAGAGACUCGAAAUUGAGCUCAGGUGCAUCUUGUUUCCAUUGAUCAUCCUUGAGAUGUUUCUACAACUUGAUUGAAGUACACCUGUGGUAAAUUCAAUUGAUUGGACAUGAUUUGGAAAGGCAUACACCUGUCAAUAUAAGGUUCCACAGUUGACAGUGCGUGUCGAAGGCAUUGGGAUUAAACGUCACGGAUUGUGAAAAACUGAGUUUAAAUGUAUUUGGCUAAGGUGUAUGUAAACUUCCGACUUCAACUGUAUAUGUGAGAACUGGUUAGAGUUUGCCAGAGUACUUGAUACAGGAAUGUAGGCCUCUGACUCACCCUUCUCUCCACUGAUAACUCCGGUUGUUUUAUGGCGCCAAUUCCCUGAAGCGGAAGUCCACAGACAGACAAUGAUAUGAGAUGACAAGAGGCCUGUGUGUGAACUGGGAACAUAGCUAGUUACUGUAAAACAGGCUGCCUCGUUAUUCAAUUGCAACUCGGAACAGGUACUGCCUCCUUUGGUACCAGCUCUUCGACUUUCUCUAAUGUCCCUCCACUGAACAACAUGAGUGAAUUCUCAAUUAAAUUAUGCAUAUUCAAUUGGUGCAUCUGCUGGGAAAAAGCAACAAGGCAAUGCUUAUGGCGCUGUUUCUUGUAAUUGACUUGAAAUGCAUCCUCCCUUGAGGUUAUCACUGGUCAUGACUGGACUGGUGAAAGUGCCAGAGCUGCUGGCUGCUGGUAAGCUUUCUUGACCUGGACAUACAGUUGAACUCGGAAGUUUACAUACACCUCAGCCAAAUACAUUUAAACUCGGUUUAUCACAAUUCCUAACAUUUAAUCCAAGUUAACAUUCCCUGUCUUAGUUUGCCUAGUGCUGUGGUGACCCACAGGGUCAUGCUGAUGGAACAGGACACUCAGUGGCUGUACCACCUCCUGGCCGAGGUCCAGUUGGAGAGGUUUUACCUGCGUGUCCGGGACAGCCUCAACAUCACCCGCGUAGAGCAUUUCGCCUACGUUAAAGAGUCUGACCUCGAACAGAUUGGCAUCAGCAAACCAGGACAGAGAAGAUUAUGGGAGGCUGUGAAAAACUUCAAGAUCAGCGUGAGGCCCAAAUCGUGGAUGGCCAAGGCUAUCAGUGGGUGUGGUCCAGAGGGGGGUGAUCAAUGGGGCAGCGUGGGGUCAGGCCAGGAGAAAGGGGGGCGGGCCCUCACCUGUCUGAUCCAGGACGAUGAGCUGACUCUGGGGGAGAAGCUGGGAACGGGCUCCUUCGGUGUGGUGAAGAGAGGAGAGUGGCAGACCCCCACUGGGAGAGUGCUGCCGGUGGCAGUGAAGUCUCUGAAAAGUAGCCUUUCCAGACAGACAGACACCAUGACAGACUUUCUCCAGGAGGUGACCACCAUGCAGUCUCUUGACCACCCCAACAUCAUCCGCCUCUACGGAGUAGUGCUCACACAGCCCCUCAAGAUGGUGACAGAGUUGGCCUGUCUGGGGUCCCUGUAUGACAUGCUGCGCUCUCGCCAGCACGAGUACCCCCUGGCACGCCUCUGGCUCUUCGCCACCCAGAUAGCAGCGGGUAUGGAGUACCUGGAGGGUCGCAGGUUCAUCCAUAGGGACCUGGCUGCCCGGAACGUUCUACUGGCCUCCAGGGAGAUGGUGAAGAUUGGGGACUUUGGUCUGAUGAGGGGCCUGAGCCAGGAGACAGACCACUACGUGAUGACGGCCCACAGACGUAUCCCCUUUGCCUGGUGUGCCCCAGAGAGUCUGCGUGUGGGCUCUUUCACCCACUCCUCUGACGUGUGGAUGUUUGGGGUCAUUCUCUGGGAGAUGUUCACCUACUGUGAGGAGCCUUGGCGGGGGCUAUCUGGCAGACAGAUCCUCUGGCGUGUGGAGCUGGAGGGACAGCGUAUGGAGAGACCCCCUGACUGUCCUCAGGAACUCUACUCUGUGAUGAGAAAGUGUUGGGCCUGCACCCCCUCCAACCGACCCACCUUCUCCCAGCUCACCACCCUGGUCGCAGAGGCUCAGCCUUUGGAGGUGUGUGCUGUACGGGACUUUGUGGAACCUGGAAAACUCGCCCUCCUGUCCAACGACCUAGUGACCAUCAUAGACCAUAGUCUGGAGCUGUGUGAGUGGAAGGGCCAGAACCAAAGGACCUUGAUAGUGGGCUGGUUCCCCCCGAGCCUGGCUGCUCCCUCCCUCUCCGCCCCCAGCAGCGCCCCUACUCUUCCCACCACAGCCCCCGUCGCUGCAUCAAGCCUCAUCCCGGCCCCCCUGAAGGGCAGUCUGCAGCACACGGGGCAGAGUGAGACCCACCCCGACCGUAACUGGGGCACGCCGGAAUGCCUCGACGAGAGAGUAAACUGGAGAAGAAGCCCAGCAAAUAGAGAGAGAGAGGGCGGCUCCAAUUUACAGAAAAUGUCAGGUAUGACCAGGAGUCUGGAGUCUGUCCUGAGUGAUCCCCAGAGCAGGACCUUAGGAGGGGUCAAGGUGAACCCCCGUCGUGGACCCCUCCCCAACGCCAUGGUUGCCCGCAGCGUUGUGGUGCAGCAGGAUCCCCAUCGGUUCAGCGAGGCCAGCAUCAACCCCCCACCUCGACCGCUCCCGCCCAACCUCAAACGCGUCAAGAUUCCCCAGGUGGCCUUGUUCCGAGAUCGGAGGCCUGUAAAUCCAUCCCCAGGUUCCUUGUGGCCUCCACAACCUCAAAAGAAUCCUCAGCAGCAGAUGCUACAGCCACCCCAGCACCAGCUGCAGCAGACUAUGGGGGGCAGCGACCUGGGCAAAAUGGCCCACAUGGCAUGGUCCAAACCAGCACUGGAUGACUAUGGGGACAAGGAGAGGAAUCAAGAAAAGGAGUGGGUGGUGAGGGAACGAGAGAGGGAGAGGUACCCGUCUCAAGUACAACACACCAGGGAAGCCUUCAUAGCACAGGUCACGGAAGCAGUGCAUGGAGUGACCAAUGAGGAGGUUCGGAACGCACUUCACUGCAAUGAAUGGAACCCUAUAAGGGCCCAGCAACAACUCAAGAUGGAGCAGCUGCACUCUCUGAGCCUGUGUUCUCGUGACGACUGCCUAAGGAUCCUGUCCCGCUAUCAGUGGGAUCUACAGCUGGCCAGCCGCUACCUGUUCAGAAUGGUACGGGAGGAGAGGACUGGAGGAGGAGAAAGGGAGAGGAGGGAUGGAGAGAGAGAGGCACCCCCUGCUGCAAUGGAGAGACGAGGAGUAUGAGAGGUGUGGGGAUGGAGGGAUACUGGAAACAGAGGACAAUAAAGAUUUACGAAAUUGAAGAGGGACUGAGGAGCUAUUUGAGGAAUUUAAGAGAUGGGAUGGUUGAUGAAAAAGGAAUGGAAUAUAUAUGAAGUGAACCAUAAAGACAUUACAGUCCUCCAAAAUACAAUUGAUCCCUUUUUACAAUUCUGUUUAGUCUUUUUUAAUGACGUGACAGACAGCCACGUCCUCUCUGUUCUCAAAAGUAGUUGUGUAUCAUGAUGAAUUUGUAAAUAGAGUACCGUACAAAAGUAUUCAGACCCCUUGGAUUUCUUCACAUUUUAUUGUGUUACAAAGUGGGAUUCAAAUUGAUUGAAUUGUUAUUUUUUGUCAAAAAUUUACACAAAAUACUCUGUCAAAGGGAUACAAAAAUUCUAACAUUUUAAAAACUAAAAUAUAGUAAUUGCAUUAAGUAUUCAGGUCCUUGACUCAAUACAUGUUAGAAACACCUUUUGGCGUCGCUUACAUCUGUGAGUCUUCUUGGAUAAGUCUAUAAGAGCUUCAUAUACCCGGAUUGUGCAAUAUUUGUCAAUUAUUCAUUUUAAAAUUAUUCAAGCUCUGUCAAGAUGUUGGUGAUCAUGGCUAGACCGCAAUGUUGAAGUAUUGCCAUAGAUUUUUAAGCAGAUUUAGGUCAAAACUAACUUGGCCACUCAUGUACAUUCAAUGUCUUCUUGGUAAGCAGCUCCAGUGUAGAUUUGGCCUUGUGUUUUUAGGUUAUUAUACUGCUGAAAAGUGAAUUCCUCUCAUAGUCUCUGGUGGAAAGCAGACGGAAGCAGGUUUUCCUCUAGGAUUUUACCUGUGCUUAGCUCCAUCCCGUUUUUUUUAUCCUGAAAAAAUCCCCAAUAUUUUCUAAAGGGAAGCAUACCCAUAACAUGAUGCAGCCACCACCAUGCUUGUAAAUAAGGAGGCAGUUACUCAGUGAUGUUGUAUUUGCCCCAAACAAGACUUUGCAUUCCAGCCAAAAAGUGUAUUCCUUUUCUAUGUUUUUUUAGCAGUUACUUUAGUGCCUUGUUAUUAUUUUAACUACAAUAGUGUUGCUACCAUCACAGCCAUUGAACUCUGUAGCCCAUGGCAACACAGCAGUUUCAUUCCUGUCCUGCAGCUCAGUUCAGGAUGACUAUUUUUUAUGUCUGGGUGGUUUAAUACAUAAUCCACAGCAUAACAAUUCACUUGACCAUGAUGAAAGAGCUAUUCAAUGUCUGAUUUGUUAUUGUUGCUCACUUCCAUUAUCCUUCUUUGAUUCUUUCGAAAAGCUUCUUAGUUGAAUCUGUACUUGAAAUUCAAUACUUGACUUUACAGAUGUGUGUACGGGGGACAGAGAAAGAGUUAGUAAUUAAACAAAUCCAUGUGAUUUGUUUAGCCACAUUUACUCCUGAACUAAUUUAGGCUUUCCUAAACAAAGAGGCUGAAUACGUAUGCAACAACUAUUUUAGUUAUGAAUAUUUGAUUUAUCAUUAAAAUAUAUAUUUUACAUCCUCAUUUAAGAGAAUUUUGUGUAGAUUGUUUACAAUUAAAUCCAUUUGAAUCCCACUUUACCCCAAUAAAAUGAAGAAAUUCAAGUGGUCUGAACACUUUUGCAAGGCACUGUAUUGUAUUAGCAUUGAUUAUAUUUGUUGAAUAAAAUGUUGAUACAAAUUGUG